AUGCUAACGCCGCUUGGUACUAAAGAAAAUGAUAGUAAAACUUCAACAGAUCAUUAUUAUACACAACAACAACAACAACAACAAUAUUAUAGUCCAAUAUCAAUUAAUAAUGACUUAAAUAAUCUUCAACAUUAUCCUACAUCGAUUUAUGAAACAAAUCCUUACUAUACACUUUCACCAGGAUAUUCACAUCAACAAAAUAAUCAUACUAAUGAACAAGAUUCAAAUAAUCAAGUUUCAUCUACAGCUUAUAUACCAACUUAUCAUCAUCAACAUUAUUCAUCUGAAGAACAUGCUAAUGAAAUGUUAUAUUCACAAAAAUCAUCAAAUCAACAAAUAACACCAGUAUAUGAUUAUAACCUAUCGUCAAUUCCACCUCGUCCAUCAAAUUCAAUAUUUCCUCAACAUUCAAAUUAUGUUCAAUCAUCUGUUGAACAAGUAAAUUGUAGUACAAGAAAUAGUAUGAAUUACUCAACACCUUGUUUACCAUCAGAUGGAGCUUGUCGAUCCGGUUCUAUUGUUGUCGAACUAGUCAAUCGACCAUUAUGGUUGAAAUUUGCUGAGCAUACACAUGAAAAUAUUAUCACGAAAAUUGGUCGUCGUAUGUUUCCAACUCUUGAAUUUAAAGUCUAUGGAUUAAAACCUGAAGCAACAUAUGAUAUGUAUGUUGAUAUGGUUUUAGUAGAUGUAAAUCAUUGGAAAUUUAAUUCUGGUAAAUGGAUACCAUCUGGACAAGCUGAACAAAAUCAUCGUUAUUUACAUCCGGAUUCACCAAACAGUGGAAUUCAUUGGAUGAAACAUGAAAAAAUCUCGUUUUCUAAAUUAAAAUUAACAAAUAAUAAACAAUUAUCCAUAAGUCACUCAGAAAAUCAAAUGACAAUUAUUCUUAAUUCAAUGCAUAAAUAUAUGCCACGUUUGAAUAUUGUUGAAGUCAAUGGCCACUCAAUUAAUCCAAUAUUAUCAUCAAAUAAAAAUAGUUCAGCAAUAAAACAUACAUUUCCAUUUCCUGAAACGCAAUUUAUUGCUGUAACAGCUUAUCAAAAUACUGAUAUUACUCAAUUAAAAAUUGAUUAUAAUCCAUUUGCAAAAGGCUUUCGUGACAGUUCUGAUUAUCGUUCUCCAUCACCAUCAUAUGGUAAUGAAAGUAAUCCAGAAAUUGAUUAUUAUGGAAAUCCAUAUGCAACUCAGCAAUCUUAUAAAAAGAAAAGACCUAAUUAA